GCUUCGUUCACUUCUUCGAACGAAGGAAGCUUCGUUCAUCUCUUUGAACGAAACGAGUUUCGUUCACCUCUUCGAACGAAGCUCAGUAUGAUGUGGUUCCAGAUCUUCUUUUUCGAUUCUUCUGAGCUUAGUAUGGCGUAGAUUGGAGUUCUAUUGCUUCAAUUUCUUUUUCUUUCUUGUUUGAUUUGGUGAUUUUUGGAUUGAUAUGCGCUGCAUGAGACUCGAUUGGAGCUUGGUGAGAUCUGUGAUCUUCGAUUUUUGAGAUUCGUUUUGAUUGUGGAUUUGCUCUUGUGUUUUGGUUUGAGCUGUGGUGAAAAAUUUGUGUUAUUCGAUUUAAUUGAGAGAUAUAUAUGGAUGAUUCGAGAGUGGCGAAGUGCACCUAUGGUGCUGGAACUUUAAUGCUUAUUUUGUCUUCAACUACUACUUUUGAUUGGUUGUCCAACGAGUUGUGUAGUAGGUUUAAGCUUAAGUUAGGUCAUUUUGAGUUGAGGUACUCUUUUAUGGAUUGCUCCAAUUGUUUGUUGGAAUCGGACGAUGAUUUGAAAAUCAUGUUUAUGGUAUGUGGACUGAUGAAGGAUCAAUUAAUUCACAUUGCUGUUAGGGAUAAGGCUGUAGUGAAUCAUGUUCAAACUGUUAAUACGAACAUGAUUGCUUCUCCUUUUUUGUUGGAGUCUGCUCCUAACAAUUACAGUUUUGCACAAGAUGAGGAUACAUGUAAAGAUUCAAGUCAAACUGGUAGUAUUGUUGAUUCAAGUGCUGCUUCUUCUUCUUGUUUGAGUAUGGAUUUUGAUGGUAUUAGCAGUGAGUUUGGAAAUGAAUAUUUAGGCAAAUAUGGUAGUUGUGGAGGGCGUAAAUAUUUGUCUACUGAUUGGGAGGGUUAUAUUACUCAUGAGGGUCAGAAGUUUGAGGGUGGAGUUUGUGAAUUCCGUGAUAAGUUGGCUAAGUACGCGAUUGAGAAUGGUUUUAAGAUGAAGUAUUUGAAGAAUGAGCCUCGUCGUGUUACUGCUGUGUGUGCUAAGAAGGAAUCAAAUGGCUGUGAGUGGAAUGUGCAUGCUGUUAAGUCUAAUGUAAAUGGAUUUUUCUAUAUUAAGAAUUUAAAUAAUGUACACAGUUGUAGUGGUUUGAUCCGUGAGAAGAGAAAUAAGGCAAUGGGGUCUCGUUUGGUGUCUUCAAUUGUCAAAGAUAAAGUUCGUAGCAAUCCUUUGGUAAGGCCUAUUGAGCUAAUUACUGAUUUGAAAGAAAAUUAUGGAUUGGAUGUCCCUUAUCAUGUUGCGUGGUAUGGGAAGGAGUCGGCUACUAAGGAGUUACAUGGUGAUGAGGAGUUGUCUUAUGCUCACCUGCCUUGGUAUGUUGAUGUUUUGAAGGCCAGCAAUGUCGGGUCUCAUUGUGUGCUUGACUGUGGCGAGGAUGGUUCUCGUUUCCAGCGGAUCUUUAUAUGUUAUAAGGCCUCCAUUGAUGGUUUUCGAUGGUGUAGGCCUAUGCUGUUUAUUGAUGGUACUUUCGUUACAAACAAGUACAAGGGUACUCUUCUAGGAGCUACUGCAAAGAAUGGGAAUAAAGAGGUAUUCCCUUUUGCCUUUGCUAUUGUAUCCGGUGAAACUGCUGACAAUUGGAGGUGGUUUCUGCAAAGGAUAUCUGAAGUUUUGGUGGAUGAAGGUAGGCAACUUACAUUCAUUUCUGAUAGGCAUGGUGCUAUUAUCGAUGCUGUUAGGACUGUUUUUCCUGCUUCUGCCCAUGGUUUUUGUCUAUAUCAUUUGAAAGAGAACUUGAAAAAGAAGUAUCCGCAUUCUGUUGGUUCCUCUUUCAAGGAUCAUAUUUUAUGGCUUUUUUGUAAGUUGUUGUAUGCACCGACUGUUGAGGAAUAUCAAGAUAUUUUGAAAAAAUUAAGAGAUGAUGGCGGUUCAAAAAUAAUUGAUAAGUUUUUGGCUGAUCUCCCUGUCCAAAAUUUUGCUAAUGCAUUUUUUCCGGGAAAGAGGUAUGGGGAGGUUAGUAAUGCCUUGUCCGAGUCGUUUAAUUCAUGGGUUAAGGAUGUGCGUAGGCUUCCAAUUUAUGAGAUGAUUGACACUAUUAGGGUCAAAAUGAUGGAGAUGAUUUCUAGGAGGAAGCUUGCAUCCGAGAAAUGGUGUAGUGUUUUGUGUCCGGUUAUUGAGGAUGAGUUGAAGAAUUUAGCUGCAAAGGGUCGUCAUUGGAGGAUAUGUCGCGCGAGUGAAUCUAUAUUUGAAGUUCAUGCUGAUUUGAGGAAGACAUUUGAUGCGUCUGCCUGCAUUUUAGGCAAUAUUCAACGGUUUGCUCAGUUUCCCCCCUCAAUGAGUUGUAGUGCGUCCAUUGCGAUGAAUUGGUGUCAAAGAAAAGCAGGGUGUGGUGUCCGCCAUCCGUUAUUGAUGAUGAAGCUUCGCGCUGAGUUCUUGAAGACUCCAUUUGACAGCUGCUGGUGUCAUUUGUUCUCUUCCAGGAAUUGGAGUGAGCAGGUGGAGGUCAGUGUCUGGUGUUCGUUUUGAAAGUAGAUGAAGCUUCGUGGUGAUUAUGGAGUCUCGGUUUUGCAGACGAUUUGAUGAAGACGAAGAGUGAAGAGACGUUUUGCAGAGAUGGCUUAAAUGAAGGCGCGCGUGCUGGCAGUUAAGUUACGGUUUACUUUUACGGUUUACUUUUUUUUUUGGGCCGAAAGUUAUGUUUGGGCUUGUUUAUAAAUUUGGGCUGGGUUUGUUUUGGGUGUUUUUUGAGUUUUUUUUCUGUUGGGCUUGAUAGUGGCAGUGCUGUAAUUUAUUGGAACUUCAACACUAAUUUGUUAUUUAAUAAAUGGAUUUUGGGUGUGUUUA